UACAGGUCAGGAAUCAUGACUCUUGUGUGGAAAUAAAGAAAUCAAGAAGAAGAUGAACCAAGAUCAAAUUCCAUAAUGUAAUUAAUUUCAUGCAAUUAACCAGCCAAUCACUCGUGCAUAAUUCAUUCAAGAAACGUUCCUUCUUAAAUCCAAAGUCGUGGGUUUUAUCAGUGCGUCACAAACAUUACGAGGGCGCACUCUUAGACAUGGAUGAAUUAUCGAAGUGGAAAAUCUUAUUUCUGCUUUGCCUCACACAUGUCAACGCGUCAUGGUUUACCUCAGACACGGCGAUCAGCGUCACUGUCGGUGUACUGGAUAAGUACCAUUCCACAUGCGUGUACCUGCUUCAGUCUACGCGUCAGCGAGACGACAGCAUAUAUUCUGACGCACUAAAAAUAAAGGCUCUUAUAGCAGUGAGGCAAAUAACAACAGCUGUGAUAUUUUCCACGUCAUACAUCAGCACUCCGAUAGAAGAACAGUGUCGUCCUUUGUACGUCAUCCUCUCAAGCGACGGGGAACUACAGAAAUAUCUUGAAGAGGAGUCGACGGUAAGCAACAUGUCGGCGGGAAGAUGGCUACUGUUCCUAGAUAAUAUGACGUCACUGGAAGACUACUUCGCCGACAUCCACAUUCCAUUGAGCUGCGAGUUCCUGGUGGCACAACACGUGGCUCCGACGAAAGAGAUAUCGCUAACAGAAGUAUUCCGUGUCCACCCGACUCGUCCUCUGCAGACAAACCUCAUGGGCACCUGGAGUUCCAGUCGAGGCUUCACGUGGUCCACUGCACCCUUUGGCGAGGGCAGAGGAGAUCUUCAAGGUGCCCUCGUACAGGCAGGCAUAUAUUCCGCUGACCUGGCCAAAAACAUUGAGGGCUGCAAAGACAGAGCAGCUCUCAAGUUCUGCGGACAGAUAGAAGAAAUAUGGCACAUUUUACAAGAAAUACUGAACUUCACGUAAGUAACUACCUCACUUGUAGUUCCGUGUGGUCGUUCCGAAUCUAAUGGCGGCGAGACAGCUGCAGCAACUAUAAUUCUGAGUAGAGCACGAACAUAACAGAAAGAAGUUGUGUUUCUGUCGUCCUAAAUUCAAUAUGAACAAAAUUACAGCAAACUGUUCAAUGCAGUGAAGCCUUUUCGGGCUAUAAGCAGUCGAAGAUUGUGUCCGAAACGUCGCGUUACAACUCCAUUCUCAGAUGA